UCUUGUCGACAAAAUACAAAUAACGAACUGCGGAAGCCCUUGUUCAACAUUUGAAACCCUAAUUGCCUUGAGCUUCAAAGGGAGACAGAAAGCGAUAUAUCUAAAUGGCUGUUUUUAACGUGGUACAGAAGCGGCGGAGAGCCGCCAUCGCAGACCGCAAAAGAGCGGUGCAUGGUGAUCCUUUUACUGGAAAGGUCAAGCAUAAGCCCCAAAACACUGUUAUCUCCGGGAAGCGUAAGCGAAAGAUCCUGAAAAAAUGGCGCCGGGACCAGAAGGAGGCUGUCGAAAAGGGGCUUAUUACAAUGGAAGAUAUCGAGAUGGCUGUUGCAGAUGGAUCAGGAACAUCAUCUCAAGAUGCCAUUAAAUCUCCAGUAAAGUUUCACAUGAAAAAGAGUGUGAAAAUCAAAUCAAAGCGUGCAACCAAGAAAGAAAAGAAAGGUAAGAACAAAAGAAAAUCAGAUAAGCCAGCCAUGGAGGGUUCAUCAGAUGUGAUGAUGGAGUGAUGAUUAGCGGAUGAUCUAUUGUUAUUUUGAAGAUGUCUUUAGAUGUUUGUAGAAUGUUAGCUACCCACCCAACUUAUUCUUCUUAUCAAAUAUGUUUUUAUAAGUUAAUGAUAUUUACUUGAAAGCUACGAGGAUUUUGUCAGAAAACAUGAAAAGUUCCCAUUUAAAGCUUUAAUUUUUGUUCAGCUCAUCAUACAUGAUCGGUAUGUAUAAUAAUUUUGUUAAUUAUUUGACAAGCUAUCUC